AUGACAGGGAAAGAAGAAGAAAAAGAAGUAAUAUGUGUAGAGUAUGGAGCAUCUCCAUCAGAACAGGUUGGGCAGGCCUCGGGAUGCCUUCAAUCAAUUUUAGAAGCUCCAAAGUAUAGUUUCAGUAGGUGGACCAUAUUGGAUUAUUCAAGAGCUUAUAACUCCAAACUAAUUACACCUCGCAAGGUAAUCGAUAGGUUUUUAUCAGCGGUUCAUCGAUCAUCUACUUCUUCAAUGCAAAUGUCAUUUUUUAUUAACUUUGAUGCUGAGGAUAUGUUAAGACAAGCUACUAUGUCAACUAAUCGAUACGAACAAGGAGAAGCAUUAUCAGUUUUAGAUGGAGUGCCAAUUGCAAUAAAAGAUGAAAUUGAUUGUAUGCCUUAUCCCACUACAGGAGGCACAAAGUGGAUGCACAAGGUAAGAGGGUGCAAGGAUGAUGCAGAGUGUGUGAGGCGUUUGAGAUCAUGUGGUGCAAUAUUGGUGGGAAAAACAAACAUGCAUGAGCUUGGUGCUGGAACUAGUGGUAUUAAUCCUCAUCAUGGAACUACUAGAAAUCCUUAUAAUGUUGCAAGGAUUGCCGGUGGUUCUUCUAGUGGUUCUGCUGCUGUUGUGGCUGCAGGUUUAUGCCCUGCUGCCCUUGGUGUCGAUGGAGGAGGAUCUGUUAGAAUGCCUGCUGCUCUUUGUGGAGUUGUUGGUUUUAAGCCAAGCUUUGGACGUAUCUCACACUCAGGUAUUCUUCCUCUGAAUUGGACAGUUGGAAUGGUAGGGAUACUGGCUGCUACUGUUGAAGAUGCACUUCUAGUUUAUGCAGCUAUCACUUCCCCCAAAUCAUCAGAUCAAUCUGAAACUGCUCAGGUAAGAUUUAUCUUCUCCUCUCAUUACAAUUUGACAUUAGGAAUAUUUUAA